GCCGACCUUAAACCCAGUGGCGCAUUGUGUAACCGUCACGACUAGGGAAAAACAGUUGAAGCAACACGCGCGCUUUCUUUAGUUGCUGCUGCCCUUUUUUAGGUCUCGCGUCAUUUCAGUGAUUUGUAAUAGCCAUGGACGAACAAGGAUAUCCAAGGUCAAAAAUAUUCAAGCGUCGUCCCAGAAAUCCUGAAGCCAACAACAACAAUGACGAUCAAAAAACAUCGAAUGCGCAUGUGCUCUCUUUUGGGUCGCAACGUCCAGAAGCACACAUUGAACCUACAACAACAACUACGGAGCAGCACCAACAUGAGCUUAUAAAACAUGAGCACGAUGUUUCGGAAAUAACGAGUCAGGAAUUAUUGCAAAUGAUUAUGGAAACGGACGGUAUUCUGAGCUUGGAUAAGGAUUCGAUUGUUGCUGAUGAUAUUGAGGAGGAGAAGAUAGAAAAAGAGAUGAUUAUAUCACAAUCACCUUCGGUAUCGUCAUUAUCACCACACCAUGUAGAGUCUCCAUUUUCAACAACAACAGUGUUAUCGUCAGCACCGCUAUCAGCAUCUCGAGCAGAACAACAACAACAACAACAACAAAAAAGCAGCAAGGUAUCCAUUGCUAAGUUGCUGGCUGCUACCGUUGCCAUGACAAUACUGGCUUGCUAUUACUGCUAUGACGUUGGAUACAUACAACUACCCACCAAUUGGUUAACGGAUACCACUCUUACGAGUUUGAUGGAUAAAGGAGUGUACUUGUGGCAGGACUGGAUGGAAGGAUGUCAUGCUGCAAUGGAAGAAGGGACUCAAUAUGCUCGGCGAUACGUAGAAAAUAUUGCUUUGGUGUUGGAUGAUAUGGCUGUUGAAUUGAUCGUACUAUGGUUGGAUUGGCGAUACCGUUUAGCAUUGUGGAUCUUGCCUUCUUCUUCUUCAUUUCCUUCUUCAUUAUGUGAGUGUCCUCCUCACUCUUCUUCUUCUUCAUCUUAGCUUGACACAUAUCCACAUUACUGUCUACUAUCGACACCAGAUAUACGAUGGUACAUCAUACAUAAAAUUUGAUUCUUUCAAAAACAUCAUCACACAUAUACACACUAUCUCUCUCUUCCAUCAUCAUUAUACCGUGUAUUUACACU